AUGCAUUUACUUUGCUUAGGUAUUAUGAAAAAAUUAUUGCUUCUAUGGAUUAAGAAUAGAUCCUUAAAAACAAAGCUGUCUGCGAAAAACAUUGAAAAAAUAUCUGAUUUAUUAGUAUUAAUUAGAACGUUUACGCCAGUUGAAUUCAACCGAACUGCACUUAGACUUGAUGUUAUAAGCUUUUAUAAGGCCACUGAAUUUCGAACAUUUUUGUUAUACUUAGGACCCGUUCUUUUGAAAAAUGAAACUCAAGAAGAAGUAUAUGAGAACUUCAUGCAAUUACACUGUGCUGUUUCAAUAUGUAUGAGCGAAAAAUCAUACACAUUUAUUGAUAUAGCACAAACCAUGUUCAAAUCGUUCAUACACGGUUUCGCUAAACUCUAUGGCCGGGAAAAUAUAAGCUACAACGUUCACAACUUGUACCAUAUUGCAGAUGAUGUGAAACUCCAUGGACCUCUAGAUAAUAUGAGUGCAUUCAAAUACGAAAAUUGUUGCAAUAUCUAA